GGUUUCAGAUGGGUUCGAAUUCAAUGUAUUGAAUGAACUUAUAAUUAAACGGGUAUUUAACAGAUUCGGGUAUAAUGGAUAAUGUCUAAACGGAUUCGUGUGUUUUGACAAUCGGAUUUCGGGUAAUUGAUUUUUAGCGGGUACCCGCCCGCUGCCAUCACUUGUUUCUAAUCUCUCAGGUGGCCGAAUAUUUAAAACUAAAAAAGGUACGAAAUUGUAUCAUUAUAAACAUGAGAAGUAUAGAUCACGUCCGUACAGUGGCAAACCGUUAUGCAUCCCAUCUUCAAUUAUGUUGCCCUCAAAGCUCCAACUCUGGUUCAUUUGCUCGUACCAUCCAUGCCCACAUGAUAGCUUCUGGGUUCAAGCCACGUGGCCAUAUCCUGAACCGUUUGAUUGAUAUUUAUUGCAAAUCAGCAGGACUUGCCUACGCCCGCCAUAUGUUCGAUGAAAUUCCUCAGCCGGACAUAGUUGCCAGAACAACGUUGAUUUCUGCAUAUUCUGCGACUGGUAGUCUAGAACUUGCGAGGGAAAUAUUUUUUGGAACUCCGUCAAUUAUGCGAGACACUGUUUUCUAUAACGCCAUGAUCACUGCCUAUUCGCAUAAUAAUGAUGGUCAUGCUGCUAUUGAAUUAUUUUGUGACAUGAGAAGGAAUGAUUUCAAACCUGAUAAUUUUACUUUUACCAGUGUUCUUGGUGCUUUGGCGCUUGUGGCUGAAAACGAUAGGCAGUGCCAGCAGCUGCAUUGUGAAGUGGUGAAGUCAGGAACAGUGUUUGUUACUUCAGUGUUGAAUGCAUUAAUAUCUGCUUAUGUUAAGUGUGCAUCCUCACCAUCAGUCUUAUCAUCGUCCUUGAUGGGUGCAGCUAGAAGAUUGUUUGAUGAGAUGCCCGAGAGAGAUGAGUUGUCAUGGACAACUAUUAUUACUGGGUAUCUGAAGACUGAUGAUCUUGAUGGAGCCAGAGAGUUUUUUGAUGGAAUGAGUGAAAAGUUAGCGGUGGCAUGGAAUGCAAUGAUUUCAGGUUACAUGCAUCGUGGGCUAUAUCAAGAAGCAUUGGAGAUGUUUAGGAAGAUGUAUCUGUCAGGAAUGCGGUUGGAUGAGUUUACUUACACAAGCAUUAUUACUGUUUGCGCCAAUGCUGGUUUCUUUCAGCUUGGUAAGCAGGUGCAUGCUUACAUUUUAAAAACUGAAGCCAAGCCUUCAGUAAACUUUUCAUUGCCUGUGAAUAAUGCAUUGGUUACGUUAUACUGGAGAUGUGGUACUGUUGAUAGAGCUCGAGUGGUAUUUAAUAAAAUGCCAGUGCGGGACCUUGUAUCAUGGAAUGCAAUUUUAUCUGGAUAUGUGAACACUGGACGUUUGAAUGAAGCAAAAUCCUUUUUUGAGGAGAUGCCUGAGAAAACCGUACUGACAUGGACUGUAAUGAUAUCAGGGUUAGCACAAAAUGGAUUUGGGGAAGAGGGUUUGAAGCUGUUCAACCAGAUGAAAUUAAUGGGUUUCAAACCAUGUGACUAUGCAUUUGCAGGAGCAAUUACUUCUUGUUCUGUGCUUGGAUCACUGGAGCAUGGACGCCAGCUCCAUGCUCAACUACUCCGUUUAGGAUUUGAUUCAAGUCUUUCUGCAGGAAACUCUCUGAUAACUAUGUAUGCAAGAUGUGGUGUUGUUGAAGCUGCACGUUCUAUAUUCCUUACUAUGCCUUAUGUUGAUUCAGUAUCUUGGAAUGCCAUGAUUGCUGCUUUGGGGCAUCAUGGACAUGGUGUUGAAGCAAUUGAACUUUUUGAACAGAUGGUGUUGGAAGGCAUAUUGCCUGAUCGGAUAACCUUUCUCACAGUUCUGUCUGCCUGUAGCCAUGCAGGUUUAAUUAGAGAAGGGCAUCAUUAUUUCAACUCAAUGUAUGCUGUUUACAAUAUAACCCCAGGUGAAGAUCAUUAUGCCCGUGUUAUUGAUUUGUUAUGCAGAGCUGGGAAGUUUUCAGAAGCAAAGGCUGUGAUGGAAUCAAUGCCUUCUGAGCCUGGUGCUCCAGUUUGGGAGGCGCUUCUUGCUGGGUGUCGGAUUCAUGGGAACAUGGAUAUGGGCAUUAAAGCAGCAGAGCGACUCUUUGAGCUGAAGCCCCAACAUGAUGGAACCUAUAUACAGUUGUCAAACAUGUAUGCAGUAGCAGGCCGAUGGGAUGAUGUGGCCGAAGUGCGGAAGUUAAUGAGGGACCGAGGGGUGAAGAAGGAGCCUGGAUGCAGUUGGAUUGAGGUUGAAAGCAUGGUCCAUGUAUUCUUGGUUGAUGAUGCUGUGCACCCUGAGGUGAAUGCUGUGCACAAGUAUCUUGAUGAGCUGUCCAGGGAAAUGAGAAAAUUGGGAUAUGUCCCUGACACAAAGUUUGUGUUGCGCGAUAUGGAGUUUGACCAAAAAGAAUAUGUCUUGUCUACUCACAGUGAGAAGCUUGCAGUUGCAUUUGGACUUAUGAGGCUUCCCCGUGGAGCCACUGUCAGGGUUUUCAAGAACCUUAGAAUCUGUGGUGAUUGCCACAAUGCAUUCAAAUACAUGUCAAAAGUUGUUAGCAGGGAAAUUGUUGUGAGAGAUGGAAAGAGGUUUCAUCACUUCCGGGAUGGUAAAUGCUCUUGUGGUGAUUAUUGGUAGGCAAUUUCUGAUGAAAUCCGAGACAGUCAAUGUUCAAGUCAGAAAUUUGUCUGACUUUUUGAUUGAUUUUCAAAGUAUAGCCUUGCCUUCAACUAUAUUUCAAAAGUUGCAGGAAGGAAAAUUUUGUAAGGGAGAAAGAGGUUUCAUCACUUAAGAUGUGGUGAAUUGAGUGAUUACUGUGUUAGGAUUCAAUAGUUGCGGAGUUAGCUCAUAUAAGUAGGGUUGAAAUCUCAAAGAGUUAGGGUUGAAAUUAGAAAUAUGUUUGAGUUUUGGCGGAAUUCUGCCAUAGCCUUUCCAGUUGCCACCAGGAUUGCAACUUCUGAUGUAAAUAAUUCUCUUCAGAGGAUUAUUAACCAAAGUUUUUUCCCCCAUUCUAUUUAUUUACCCUAUUUCCCUUCAACAGAAGAAAAAGUAGAAGAUUAGAAGUUCAAGAACUUCCUUUCCGAUCUCCAAUGGGAUGAUUGAUUUUUCAUUUAAGUGGUAGCUCCGGCAUUUGUUAUUCUCACUUUCAUCUAUGGUCCAAAUUGCUCCGUAUGAAAGGCUUUUUCUCAAGACAUCACUUCUUACCCAAGCUUCUUCUCAGGUAAAUGACAUCAGAUCCACCCACUGCAAUGAUUCUAUAUUUUGUAUCCUUGUGUUUCUGGAGUAAGAAGGCUCUAUGUCAAUGCAGAAAGGAUAGAACUGUCAGAACCUGGGAUUCAGGUUGUUCCCCUGCUGCUGCAUCACUCCAAUUGUCAAAUAUUGUUUUUGCAACACAUUUUGAGGAUUUUAAGAAACAUGAAAUUGCAAAAAGCUUUUAGAAAGAAAACUUUGAAACAGCAAUUUCUCAAGUCUCUUCUGGCACAGAUAUUUUUUGUGGAUUCGUGCUUGAUUAAGCACUUAUGCAUAACUAGAGGACUGUGGUUCAAGUUGAAGGAUUAUGAUGCUUUCUAAUUAAGCUGAAAAUAGGAGUACACAUCUGUCGAAGGAAACUAUUGGAUUGUUGGAUUUUUAACUAUAUAGUGCUUCUGGUUUGUCGUCAUAUUUCCAGUUACCAAGCAUGAUUGCUGAUGUAUAAAUGCGACGGCCUAAGAGCAUCAUUGCAAGGCACUUACACAGAUUCUUUAAAUUGAUAAGCCAGUAUACUAGCUGAUACAUUGACCAAGAAGCAUUCUGAAUAGCACAGUUUAAUUAUUUAUUUAAUUCCACUAUAGAUCACAGAAAUUGGUACUCAAUUUCUUUGGUCCUUGCAGUCUGCAGAGCCCAUGCUGAUCACAGAAGAAGAAGUAGAAGAUUAGAAGCUCAAGAACUCCCUGUCCCAUCUCCAAUGGGAUGAUUGAUUUUUGAUUUAAGUGGUAGCUCUGGCAUUUGUUAUUCUCACUUCAUCUAUGGUUGAAAUUCCUCCUUAUUGGAUUGUACGAUUUGCAAAUAUAACAUCGCUUCUGGUUUGUCGUUAUAUUUCCAGUUACCAAGCAUGAUUGCUGAUGUAUAAAUGCGAUGGCCUAAGAGCAUAAUUACAAGGUAUUUACACAGAUUCUUUAUUUAAAACCAGUAUACUAGCUGAUACAUUGACCAAGAAGCAUUCUGAAUGGCACAGUUUUAUUAUAUAUUUAAUUCCACUCAAGAUUACAGAAAUUGGUACUCAAUUUCUUUGGUCCUUACAGUCUGCAGAGCCCAUGCUGAUCACAGAAGGUUUACCAAUCAGUUAUUGUUAUUUUGCAAUGUCGCUUUCAGCUAUGUCUGCUAAGGAAAUGCCAUCUCGAGCGAAUUGUUUUGCUUCCAGAUGCCAAGGGGGUAAAGAGGUGUUCUUGCCUUGAAAUUUUAAAUCUCAUAGAAGAUAAAGACAUAAAAAAAUUGGAAUUUCUUGCCUUCUUUGUCAAAUUUGAUAGCAUUCAUACCUUCUAUCUUCUGAGUGAGGAGUGGCUAGGGUGUGCUUAGGUUCUCAAAGACAUUUUUUUAAGAAAAACAAGAGUGCUUGGUGGUUGAUUAUUAUUACAAGAUAAAUAGUAUAAUUUAAAGUUUAUUUUGAAGCUAAAGCUUUGCCUUUUGCCCCUGGACAAGUUUUAUUUAUUUUUUCUCAAUGCUAAGUAAAUUAUGGGCUUUUAGUGAGUUUUGUUCCUUUCUAGGAGGUAGAUGGACUGGAGCAAUGUAAUAAAUAUGCCUCUUGAAAUAGUUCACUCAGGCACAAUAUUUAGCUUUUUGAAGAGAAUGGGGAAUUUAACAGAGAAGUUGAAUCGGAAUAAAUCGUUUGUCUUUGAAGAGAAAACAGUGACGUUUCUUUUUGUGUGGGUGAUUAGGGAUGAAGAAAUCGCCAUUGCCAAUGCAGAAUAUAUAUAACUGGAAAAGAAGCAUUGGUGAAGCUAUUGAGAUGGUGUUUGGUGAAUCUAUUGAGAUGGUGUUUAUUGCUUCUUUAAUUUAUAAGUGACACAUGACUCGUAUUGUUCAUGCAUUGGAAUACAAACACAGAAUAUUUUGACAAUCACAGCUUCUCCUAAGUGAGUCUGGUUAUUCGCACAAAAUAUUUUGACAA